AUGCCUGCAGAAACCAUUAUCGGUGCGAUCACCCGCGCCCUCAAUCUGGAUACCUCUAUCGAGAACGGAGGCCCAUUUUCGAUCCAGCAGAUUGCUUCUGAGACCGACGGGCAAUUCAGGUGUUACGACAACCUGACUUGUUACUUGCGGUCUGGACGUAUUUGUAUCUACAAUAACGACCGAGGGACCGAGGAGUAUGCUAUCGCUAUCCAGGCUGUUGAAACCUUGGUGGCAUCUGCAGAGCAGAUUAGCCAUCCCGCUGACGAGGAAGACCGCCUUAUCUUACUGCAAGACUUCAGCUAUCACAAGCUCACGGUGGCAUUGUAUCCGAUGCGAUGCCUUGCUUGCAUAGAUUUAGGGGAAAGUGGCUCGUGGCAGAUUAUCUACACUCGACGAUUCUUGCCAGGGACGUACGGCAACCCAAGCUGCAGAAUAACCAUCGGAAGCUUUUUGUACUUUGAGAUUCUGGACACUGGAGUGAACUUCGAGUGGUUUGACCUGAAGGGCCGAGAGGCCCAUACGUUAACCAUGCAUUGGGGACGACCCGACCGCUUGAGAAUAGUUACCAGCGGAUCAAGCGCUUACAUUAUGCUGGAUUUCGAGGGUGACGUUGAAUUCGGGAUGCUCAGGCUUGCCGACAGUGGAUUAAAAUACGAGCGUAUUCAGAAGUAUUUGGCUCCCUUUGUUAUGUAUCCCGAUUGGGAGGGCGGUGUAACCUUACAUACCCUUAUCCAAAUCGACAACCAACUGAUGUCAGCCCCCACGAAAAACCUGGCCUCUACCUGCUAUCACGCGCCUUCUUCGAGCUGGGUAACAAUCACAUAA